AUGGAAAGCAGUUGGGAUGUAGUUAUUUCGCAACUACAAGACAUUUGUUCUUCGAACAAGACUUGUUCUUUUGACCUACUAUACGAAACUGACGAAGUUUCAAGCAAGCACGAAGUAAAAGACCUGGGUGAAUAUCAAGAACAGCUGCAGUCUCAUAAACAUAACAUCGAUAAAUCGUUAAACCUUAUAAAAGAGACUCUGAAUGAUGUAUCGACACUGGCGGUUUCGAAACAGAUUCGAAAAAGUGAAGCAAAGCAGAAGGUUGGUCGAAGUUUUCAUCAUUCAAAAUAUAAUCCGUCUGAACCUAUUAUUAUAGGUUCACAAGUAGCCUUCAAACUUCGACAGAAGGGAAAAGGUGAAGAUGAGGAAUGGAUUCAAUGUGAAGUCAUCAAGAUUAUCGGAGAUGGUACUCGAUUCGAAAUACGGGAUCCGGAGCCAGACGAAAACAAUACGAUACAAAUCUUCAAGACAAAUUGGAAGGAUAUAAUUAUGAUUCCGACCCAGAAAGAGGCUCAGAAUCUACCCAUUUACCCCAACGGAUUUAAAGUUCUAGCUAGGUAUCCUGAAACCACUACAUUCUAUCUUGCAGUUGUCUCUGGCUCUAGACGUGACGGCACCUGCCGUCUCCGAUUUGAUGGUGAAGAGGAAGUUGAUAAGGAAACUGAGGUUGAAAGGCGACUUGUUCUACCUUUUCCUGGGCGUUGA